UUUUUCAGUAGAAUUACUCUAUUCGUUUAUUUGAUCGUUGAUUGUUUACUCAUUGGAUUGAUAUGUAUAUUGAUGAGUUUUUUUUCUCUGUUUGAUGAUUCUUUUCCCAUAGAGUCGGGUCCUUAAAUUACUUUAUAUUUUAAUUCUAUGAAAAAUGUGUAUAUAGUUUAAAAGGUGUAGGUUAAACAGAAAAUCCCAGAUCCGAUUUUGGUGUUUAUGAUGAACUAGAAUGGGGAAAAUAGGAAGACGUAAAGACAAAUAACAGAAAAGAGAAUAUUCGUCCGGGACAUUAGCAAUGCUUGUUCGCUGCUAACCGCUAAUUAACCAAAUAUCACCUUCACAAUAUCCCAAGAAAAUCAUACAAGUUAUUCUACUAUUUGCACAACAUUUUGUCAAUCAUCAAAACGCAAUAAAAUUACGAAUAACAAGUUAUUUGCCUUACUUGAUAAGGAGUAGAUAGAUUGUUUUUGUUUUGACAGUAUCUCGGGGACUCCAAUAACUUGUUUUUGUCUUCCUCUGGUUAAUCCUUUUCUUUGACUCUGCAAUUACGUUGUUGCACGGUAUCCUGUUUAAUUAAUUAAGAACACUUGCAUGUCCAUGGAUUAAACAUUUUAUUUCCUACCUCCAAGUUGUAAUUAAUUGCCUUUGAAUUUGUUCAUUUUUUUUUUGUCUAAUGCUCCAGAGUGUUGUAUCUGUUAUUUAUGUUGUUUCUUGGUUGUUAAUUGGAUUUUAAUUUACUCUUCCCAGUUGAAUUUCCAUUUUAUAUAUAUCGAUAGUGAGGAAUCGGGAUUUUCAAGAGUCAAACUAUACAAAAAAAACACGAAAAAGUAUAUAUAUAUAUAUAUUUUUUUUUUUUUUCUUUACCUGUGUAGUUAGUUUUAUUUUUUGGCAAAGACACUCCCUGGAUCCCGAGUACCUUGUGACGUGUGAAUACAUUCAUGUAUAAGUCCUUAAACUAAUUAAACACCGAUUUAACUUAUCUAAAUAAUUUAUACACCAUCAGUGGAUGUUAUAACCAAGUGUUGCUGGUCAGUCACCUUAUGUUAAGGUCGCAGGCCAAUAGUCGUAGUAUUACUCUUGGGGUUUCUUGUUCUUUGAUUUAUGUAUUAUUACGUUGCAGUUAUUGUUCUUUUUUCUCAUUCAGAAUGCUUUGUCGUGCUAUGUCUAAAAUUUUUUCAGGGCUUCUUUACUUCUGUUCAUUUUUUUCCUGACUGCUUCGCAUGCUUGUCCUAGAGCAGAGGGUUUAUAAAAAACCUCUGUACCUCCCAAGGUAGGGGUAAGAUCUUAGAUCUGCAUACACAGUUACACAGUACCAGCCCCAGACCUUACUUGUGGGAUCACAUUUGGGAGAAAGAAUUGGACAAAGAAAUGAAGGAUAUCUGGACUGUGUUUUGUGGGGCACCUGGUUGUUCGGACGAUAAUGGGAAGUUCUGCUAUACUGAUUUUGGGUCGAUGACAGAUCCUUCAUCAUGUAUCAAUCAUGUGUUGAUAAUUUGUUGUGAUGUUAUACUUCUGCUCAUCUUCUUAUACAAUCUGUUUUCGAAGACAUCCUUAAGAACUACCAAUAUUCCAGCUCGUUUUCAGGGGUUUUCGCGUUUGCAGUUGAUUUCUGCCAUUUUUAAUGGCUUCCUAGGAUUGUCAUAUUUGGCAUUUGGCAUUUGGAUUUUAGAAGAUAAGGUUAUGAAAACCCACAGUUCAUUACAUCUACACUGGUGGUUAUUAAUCAUGUUUCACGGAACGACAUGGUUAUUAGUAAGUUGUACCACAAGUCUUCGAGGAAAAUAUUUCUCAAGAACCCCCCUGAAGAUUUUGUCAAUUUUUGCUUUUAUCUUUGCUGGGGUUUCUUGCGGUUUCUCUCUUUUUGCUGCCAUUCUUGUCAAAAGGGCAUCAUUGAAUAUAGCUUUAGAUAUAUUAUCUUCUUUAGGAGCAUGUUUAUUGUUGUUAUGCACCUAUAAAGAGCUAAAGGAGGAAGAUCCCAUUGGAAAUGACCUUUAUGCUCCCUUAAAUGGAAUUAGUAAAAGUAAUUCAGUUAGUUCCGUCACUCCAUUUGCUAAGGCUGGAAUCUUGAGUAAAAUAUCAUUUUGGUGGUUGAAUCCGCUGAUGAAGAAGGGGAAGAAAAAAACUCUUCAAGAUGAGGACAUACCUAGAUUGCGUGAGUCCGAUUGUGCAGAAUCGUGUUACUUAAUAUUUGAGGAGCUAUUGAACAAACAGAAACAAGUUGAUCCCACUUCCCAGCCAUCAGUUUUGAAGACAAUUUUCAUAAGUCACCGUAUAGAAAUUAUUGUUUCAGGAUUCUUCGCACUGCUGAAAGUAGUCACUGUGUCAGCAGGCCCUUUGCUUCUUAAUGCCUUUAUUCAGGUUGCUGAAGGAAAUGCAAGUUUCAGAAAUGAGGGGCUUUUCUUGGCCAUUCUGCUUUUCAUUUCAAAGAGCUUGGAAUCCUUAGCACAAAGACAGUGGUAUUUCAGGUGCAGACUAAUUGGUCUUAAAGUGAGGUCUUUACUUACAGCUGCUAUUUAUAGGAAGCAAAUUAGAUUAUCUAAUGCCUCCAAGCUGAUGCAUUCCAGUGGUGAGAUUAUGAACUAUGUUACAGUGGAUGCUUAUCGUAUUGGAGAGUUUCCUUUUUGGCUGCAUCAAACCUGGACAACAUCUGUCCAGCUCUGCCUUGUACUUAUAAUUCUCUUUCACGUUGUUGGUGUAGCAACUAUUGCAUCCUUGGUAGUGAUUAUACUCACUGUGCUUUGCAAUACUCCCCUUGCAAUGUUACAGCAUAAGUUCCAGACCAAGUUAAUGGUUGCACAAGAUGAUAGGCUAAAAGCUAUUUCUGAGGCUCUUGUUAGUAUGAAGGUUCUAAGAUUAUAUGCAUGGGAAGCCCAUUUCAAAAAUGUUAUCCAAAUUUUGAGGCAAGUAGAAGAAAAGUGGUUAUCAGCUGUUCAGUUGCGUAGAUCAUAUAAUAGCUUCCUUUUCUGGUCAUCUCCUGUUUUGGUUUCUGCUGCUACUUUUGGGACUUGUUAUUUCCUUGGUAUUCCACUAAAUGCGAGCAACGUUUUUACCUUUGUAGCAACUUUACGCCUGGUUCAGGAGCCUGUUAGAACAGCUCCGGACGUUAUUGGUGUGGUAAUUCAAGCAAAGGUCUCCUUUGAGAGGAUUGUCAAGUUCCUUGAGGCAUCUGAGCUGGAAAUGAGACAAGAACACAUCAGAAGCACAGAUCAUACUGUACUCAUCAAAUCUGCUAAUCUUUCAUGGGAAGAGAACCCAUCGCGACCAACACUCAGAAACAUUAAUCUGGAGGUUAAACCAGGUGAGAAGGUUGCUAUAUGUGGGGAAGUGGGCUCAGGAAAGUCAUCUCUUCUAUCAGCAAUUCUGGGAGAGGUUCCAAGUAUACAAGGAACAGUUCAAGUAUAUGGAACAACUGCCUACGUCUCUCAAUCAGCAUGGAUUCAGACAGGGACAAUACAAGAGAAUAUAUUGUUCGGUUCUCCAUUGGAUAGCCAGAGAUACCAGCAAACCUUGGAGAAGUGUUCACUGUUAAAAGAUCUCGAGAUACUACCUUAUGGUGAUCUCACAGAAAUAGGAGAAAGAGGAGUCAAUCUUAGUGGUGGACAAAAGCAGAGAAUUCAACUUGCUCGUGCUUUGUAUCAUGAUGCGGAUAUAUAUCUCUUGGAUGAUCCCUUUAGUGCUGUAGAUGCCCAUACCUCGACAAGCCUCUUCAACGAAUACAUCAUGGGAGCUCUUUCCGGGAAGACUAUCUUACUUGUGACUCAUCAAGUUGAUUUUCUUCCUGCAUUCGAUUUGGUUCUGUUAAUGUCAGAUGGAGAAAUUUUACGCUCAGCUUCAUAUGAUCAGUUAUUGGCCUCGAGCAAAGAAUUUCAAAACUUGGUUAAUGCACACAAAGAGACUGCUGGUUCAGAAAGGGUUUCGGAGGCUUUUUAUUCACCAAGAAGUGAUACUUGUUCAAGAGAAAUUAAAAAUAAAGAUAGUGGUGAACAACCAAAAACCUCUGGAGGAGAUCAGUUGAUCAAGCAAGAGGAGAGGGAAGUUGGAGACACUGGAUUUAAGUCUUAUGUUCAGUAUUUGAAUCAAAAUAAAGGAUACUUGUUCUUUGCCAUAGCUGUUGUUUCGCAACUUGCGUUUGUGGCCAGUCAGAUAUUACAGAACUCCUGGAUGGCUGCAAAUGUUGAAAAUCCUGAAGUUAGCACUUUGAGACUGAUUUCAGUUUACUUGCUAAUUGGAUUUGUAUCCACACUAUUUUUGCUCUCUAGAUCUCUAUCAACUGUUCUUUUGGGUUUGCAAUCUUCAAAGUCCUUGUUCUCACAGCUACUAAAUUCUCUCUUCCGUGCACCUAUGUCAUUUUAUGAUUCCACACCUUUGGGAAGGAUACUAAGCAGGGUCUCAUCAGAUUUGAGUAUAGUUGAUCUUGACGUCCCAUUCUACUUGAUUUUUGCGGUUGCAUCUACCACAAACUUUUAUUCUAAUUUUACAGUACUAGGUGUUGUUACUUGGCAAGUUUUGUUUGUCUCCAUCCCUGUGGUUUAUGUGGCCAUUCUCUUACAGAGAUACUACUUUGCAUCUGCCAAAGAGUUGAUGCGGAUCAAUGGAACUACCAAAUCAUUUGUGGCCAACCAUCUUGCUGAAGCCAUUGCUGGAGCUGUGACUAUAAGGGCAUUCAAGGAGGAAGAGAGAUUUUUCGUGAAAACGUUUGAACUAAUUGAUAUAAAUGCCAGUCCUUUCUUCCACAAUUUUGCAGCAAAUGAGUGGCUGAUUCAACGUCUGGAAACUAUUAGUGCAAUUGUUCUUGCUUCCGCAGCACUUUGCAUGGUUUUACUUCCUCCUGGGACUUUCAGCUCUGGAUUUAUUGGGAUGGCUUUAUCUUAUGGUCUUUCCCUAAACAUAACCCUUGUUUCUUCCAUUCAAUAUCAAUGCACUUUGGUGAACUAUAUCAUUUCUGUGGAAAGACUUAACCAGUAUAUGCAUAUACCAAGUGAAGCUCCUGAAAUUUUAAAAGAGAACCGUCCCCCAGUCAAUUGGCCUUCGAGGGGUAAAGUUGAAAUUCAUGAUUUGCAGAUAAGAUAUUGGAAGGAUUCCAGACUUGUUCUUAGGGGGAUCAACUGUACAUUUGAAGGAGGUCAUAAAGUUGGUAUUGUUGGACGAACUGCCAGUGGGAAGAGUACACUCAUUAGUGCACUAUUCCGACUAGUGGAGCCUGCAGGUGGAAGGAUUGUGGUUGAUGGAGUAGACAUUUGUAAAAUUGGUCUUCAUGAUUUGAGGUCCCGUUUCGGGGUAAUACCUCAGGAUCCUACUCUUUUCAAUGGAACAGUGAGAUGCAAUUUAGAUCCCCUAUGUCAGCAUACUGACCAGGAAAUUUGGGAGGUUCUUGGGAAAUGUCAGCUACAAGAGGCAGUUAAGGAAAAAGAUAAAGGGCUUGAUUCCUUGGUUGUAGAAGACGGGUCAAACUGGAGCAUGGGGCAGCGACAGCUGUUCUGUUUGGGGCGUGCUCUUUUGAGGAAAAGCAAGAUAUUGGUGCUUGAUGAAGCGACAGCAUCAAUUGACAAUGCCACCGAUAUGAUAUUGCAGAAAACUAUCAGGACGGAAUUUGCUAACUGUACUGUAAUUACAGUUGCCCAUAGAAUACCAACAGUAAUGGAUUGUACAAUGGUUCUGGCCAUUAGUGACGGAAAACUAGAGGAGUAUGAUAAACCUAUGAAUCUGAUGAAGAAUGAAGGUUCACUCUUUGGGAAGCUCGUGAAGGAGUACUGGUCUCGUUAUCACUCACCGCAAUCACAUUGAAGCAAAGUGCAGAUCCGCAAUACAUUCUGAGGUGCAUCAAACUUCACAUCUGUUGCCUAAUUGCUACCUCAAUCAGUCCAUUGAGGGGAAGCAUUGAACUCAAUGGUGGUUUAUUUUGAUGUAGAUCAAGAUUAGGAAUCUGGCAAGAUUGUGUACCUCAACUAUUCCACUGGCUAGGUGAAAGAAAUCGGAUCUUUCUCUAAAUGUUAGUGCAUAACUUGCUGUAGGCUGUUAACACCACGAAGGUUCAGUAUGCAGUGAGCUAACCAACUGCAGCUUAGAAGCUUUAGCCUACCAAUUUUCUUGAUUUUAACAGGUUUUAUUUAGGCAUGCUAGCAAAGUCUUUUUUCAGGGUCAUAAAUGUACAAUCUUCCUGUAUUAUGAAUGAAAUUCUUUACACCUUCCAAUCUUCAA